UGUUGAUCAACUACUUUUUCAUCGAGACUAAUUGUUGCCAACUUCAUUAUUGUGAUGAGCGACAACUAGUGUUUAUUUCUUGGACUAAACUAGAAAAUAGAGACGCAUGCGUGUAUGGUUCUCUUUUUUCUGACCAAACCGGGGUAGAUGAACGUGUGGUGAUCACAUGUGACAGAAGUGAGUGGUGACUUAUUAGUUUAGUGUUCAAUAUUUACAAAUCAAUUGUAUACAAUAUAAAUACAUUAAACUGUUUUUGUCAUUGAAAGAAUCGUUUUUUAAAAUCGAUUUUAAUUCUUGACAUGGAAACAGGAUUCCUCAAUUUUCAUGAUGAGGAAAAUUUUUCAGAUUUUUCACUUCCUCUUAAUCAGUAUGAUUUAUUAGAUGUUACACCUCGUAUAUCCACAAGUAUAAGUAAUGAUCUUGAUUACAUCGAGUCUCAAUCAAGCACCUCUAAUACACCUGAUGAAUUAUGGGAAACUGAACAAGAACUUAAUGGAGACAUGGCGAUACUUCCAGUAUCAGGAGUUGCCUCCGCUAUACCGAAAAUUGAAAGUAUUAAAGAGGAUUUUGUCAAAGUUCUUACAGAUUGGCAGGAACAUAUCGGUUACCUGCAGGCUUCAGAUACAGAAGAAGAUAUCAAUAUGGUAGCUCUCAAUAUACAUAGUUCAACAGAAAAAUUAAACAUCCAUUCAAAUGGUGGCAUUUUUCAAGAAAUACCUUCUUCAUCUUCUUUGCAAAUUGCUCAAAAAACUGAUAAUACAAUGACAAAUAUCGAAAUGAAAAAUGAAAAAGAUGAUUGUAUUGAUGUUGAAACAGUUUCAGAACAUGAACCAGUAUUAGAAGCUGGUGAUGUGAAGAGUUUGCUAGAGCAGUUUGAAGCUUCUGAAGCUUAUUUAAAAUCUUCAAUGAACGUUGAAAUGAAGCAGCCAUUGCAAAAAAUUGAUAAAUGUAAAGAAGAAAAUACUACUUCAAACUUUCAUAAAAAUAUUCGUGAUGCUCUCCCUAAAGAAGUUAUUGAUCGGAUAAGAGCUUCAGGACGUAAGAAAACGAUUUCGGUUAUUCCUGCCUUAUCAAAAACAAAAACUAACAAUCGAAAAAAUGGCACACGAAUACAGGAUGCUGCAAUGACCCUUUCUCGAAAUAAAUUAUUAAAAAUAGUAACAACUGCUUCAAGUUCUAAUGCUAGAAUCGAUAACUCUGUGCAGCUCGAUCAUGACUACUGUAGCAGUGUUAAUUCUAAUAUUCAUAUUUCUAAUAGUAAUAAUCGUGGUAAAAUACUUGGAAAAUAUGAAGUAAAACGACAUAUUGUAAAAAAAAAUGAUCAAGGGAAACCGUCUUUAAGAAAAGAUGUGAUGAAGCGUAGCAACAGCUGGGGAGACAAUAAUUCUAAGAAAGAUAGUGGAUUAGAAUCAGGAGAAGUUAGUGAUGCUAGUGAAGAUCCAGCAUUUAUAUCUGCUGGCGAAUCAUCUCAGUCUAUGAAAGAUCCAACUUCCCUAAUUCUUACUAAAACAGGAGAUAAAGAAGCAAAAGUACGCUCAGCUCUUGCAACAAGUAUUCUUCAAUUGAAAAAUGGAGUUUUAACGAAAACGAAAUCUGUUGAUGGAAGUCCACAUGUUGGAAAGCCAAUGAUUUCAGUAUUAAAAAAACCUCCUAUUUCUUCAAUACCGUUAUCUAAUAAUCUCAAUCACAAUGAGAGUAUUAUAACUACAAAAAAUAGUGCUAAUGAUGAGAUACAAAACAUCAUAGUUCAGGAUACUUCAAUGCAUGUAUGUGAAAGUGAGAAAAAACCUCCCCGAAAAAAAUUAAAUUUAGCUGAAUACAGAAGUAGAUGCAAACAAUCACGUGAUAAUAGUAGAAAUUCUUCGCCAAUCCAACCUAUGACUUUGGUGUAUAUUCACCAUGUAUCCACAACUACAGAACCUAUUAAAGAUGAUCCUGAAAAUCCUGUCUGGUCAGAAAGGGAAAUAGUUUCAGUGUUAAAGCCUAAAUGUGAAGUAGAAGCCCAAAAAAAUCGAACUAAACCUUCUACUGCCGAAGUUGGUAUUCAAACAUAUGAAACUGUUUUUAGCAAUCCCGCAAAAAUAAAUAUUCAAGAAGAACCCGAAAUAAUUACUAGAGGAAAUCAAUUGAACAAAAAAGAAGUAACAAAUUAUCGUCGACGUCGGUCGUUAUCUCACUCGAGUAGAUCUAGGUCGAGAUCUAGAAGUCGAAGUCGAAGAAGAAGUCAAAGCCGAAGCAGUAGUAGAGGAAGAAGAAAUAGAUUUGAACGCCGAAGAAGAGGCAGAAGUUACAGCAGAAGUCGCAGGAAAGCUAGUAGAAGUAAGAGUAAAUCCCGAAGUUCAAGCUACAGCAGAAGUCGAAGUGGAUCAAGAAGCAGUAGUAGAAGUCGUAGUCGUAGUUUAUCGCAUCGACGUAAUGUUCGAAGAAGAAGAAUAAGCCAUCGCAAAAGUUCUGUGAGUUCUAACAGCAGUUGGUCAUCACGAUCUCGCUCAAGAUCUACUUAUCGUUCUCGAUCAAGAUCGAGAUCAUCAGACUCGCAGUCUUCAAGAUCCUCUAGUUGUUCCAGGUCUUCGAAUAAUAAAUCAGACAAAUAUUGGAAGAGACAUACUCCGAGGAGAUGUUAUUUUCAAUAUAGUCGAAGUUAUUCUCAGGAUAAUUAUUACAAUGAUCGUUCACCAAGAUCUUCAAGUUAUAGGCGUCCCUACAAUUCAUGGUAUAGUCAAGAAAAAAAGAAACGAGUAGAAGAGCGCCGAGUUAUCUAUGUUGGUGGUUUAGAUGAAAGGAUCACGAAAAAUGAUCUAAAGAGAAGAUUUGAGACUUUUGGUCCUGUAUUGGAUAUAAGUUUACACUUUCGUGAACAUGGCGACAAUUACGGUUUUGUAACAUUUGCAUAUAGAACAGAUGCAUAUGAAGCUAUAGAACAUGGGAAUGAUGAUCCUUCAUUACCAAGAUAUGAUUUAUGUUUCGGGGGACGACGUGCGUUUUGCAAAGUAAAAUAUGCUGAUCUAGAUGGUGCUGCCAAUAGUUCUUUUGAAAUUAAUCGAGGUGGACUGAAUUUGAGCCAAGAAAGUAAUUCCUUCGAUCUUUUAUUGAAGGAAGCUAAAGCAAAACUACGGAACAGAAAGGUUUGACAUUCGUAUUAUUCAUUAGUUUUAAAUUUAUUUCAAAAUAAUUUAAAUAUAACAAAUUAAACAUAGACUAUUCAGAGAAAUAUGAAUUAGUAUGUACAUUGAUGAAUGUCAUGAUCAUACUUUUAUGGUAGUUGAAUAACUAAAUUUUAUUUAAAAUAGCUGGCUAUAUUAAUGACAUUUAAUUCAAAAUAUUCAUCAAAUUCUCAUUAAAGUAUUAUUCCUAAGCGAAAAAAGUAUCAUUCAUAAAAGAUAACAUGAUUUUCGUUA